UGGGAAUUGGUGUUUCUGGGCGGUGCAAAGUAGAGUAGAGCACAUCAGUGAGUGCAGCAGAGAGGCAGGCACAUCCGCCGCUCGCUCGCUGCAGGGAUCAAAUCUGCACCAUCUGACGCUCAAGGAUUUAUGGGUUUAGUCAAAAUUGCUUUUCCCACUGUGGAGAUUAAGCACCGGAGGACGUAGGAUGUUUUCCACUUGGCCCGUAUAGAAUAACCCAGCGAAGCUUCGCUUGUUUUUUUUUUUUUUUUUUCCUCCCAACGUAGGAGCUCAGACGCUGGCUGAUGGGAAUGCCUGAGGAAGUAGUUGGAGCCCAGGAGGGGAGCAGCGCGUUCUGACUGACUGGUCGAGGUGUGUCCUCCGGGGAAUGUGAGUCAUGCGGGUGGAUACUGUUCUUGUGUUCUACCUGUGCGUUUGCCUGGCGGGCGCUGCCAGGAAGACGGCUCGGUCGCGGGGUCACAAACUGGAGACCUUCAAACAAAGCAGGUCCCGAAGAGAAACAAGAAUGGAUGGAGGUUCAGGUCACAAAACAGGAAGCCCAAUCUACAAGAGAAGCCCUGACAUGACCAAGUCCCUGAUGACCAAGUCAGAGCAGCUCCUCAGAAUAGAUGACCACGACUUCACCAUGAGGCCCGCCUUCGGAGGUCCUCCCAUACCUGUCGGAGUAGAUGUUCAGGUGGAAAGUUUGGACACCAUCUCUGAGGUGGACAUGGAUUUUACCAUGACACUCUAUCUACGCCACUACUGGAAGGAUGAGCGCCUGGCAUUCCCCAGCACCAACAACCAGAGCAUGACAUUUGACAGUCGCCUGGUAAAGAAGAUUUGGGUUCCAGACAUGUUCUUUGUUCACUCCAAGCGCUCUUUUAUACAUGACACCACUACGGACAACGUCAUGUUGAGGGUUUAUCCUGACGGCAACGUGCUGUACAGCCUCAGGGUCACGGUCACUGCCAUGUGCAACAUGGACCUCAGCCGCUUCCCUCUGGACACCCAAACAUGCUCAUUAGAGAUCGAGAGCUAUGCAUACACCGAUGAUGACCUGAUGCUUUACUGGAAGAAAGGAAACGAAUCCCUGAAUACGGAUGACAGAAUAUCGCUGUCCCAGUUCCUCAUCCAGAAAUUUCACACCACCACCAAGCUGGCUUUCUACAGCAGCACAGGCUGGUACAACCGCUUGUACAUCCACUUCACCUUGCGGCGUCACAUCUUCUUCUUCUUGCUGCAGACGUACUUCCCUGCUACGCUCAUGGUCAUGUUGUCCUGGGUGUCCUUCUGGAUUGACCGUAGGGCUGUCCCCGCCAGAGUCCCCCUAGGCAUCACCACUGUCCUCACCAUGUCCACCAUCAUCACCGGGGUCAACGCCUCCAUGCCGCGAGUGUCCUACAUCAAGGCGGUGGACAUCUACCUGUGGGUCAGCUUUGUUUUCGUCUUCUUGUCGGUGAUCGAGUACGCUGCCGUCAACUACCUCUCCACCGUGCAGGAGAGGAAAGAGAGGAAACUCAGGGAGAGGCUGCCCUGCACGUGUGGCAUUGGCAACCCGGACGACAUGAUGAUCGACCCAAUGAUCACCGGAUACGGCACCAUGGAUGUCAACACCACGGGGAAUUACGGCAUGCCAGAGAACGGCGGGCGGCAGGAGCGGAUUCUGGCUCAGGUGGCGCUGAACGAUCCUCAGCUCACGGGCCAGGUGAAGCCUACCAGGGGCUACGUGAACAUCUGGAUCGACACCCACGCCAUAGACAAGUACUCGCGGGUCGUCUUUCCCGGGGCUUACAUCCUCUUCAACAUCAUCUACUGGUCCAUCUACUCGUAAGGAGCACCGUCCUCUAAUGCACUGAGCGCAUUUUCAUGCUCACGAAAUUGUGAGGAACGCCGCCGCCGCCACACGAGGACCACUGCCUUCUCAAUCCAGGCCUCUUACAACUGGUUCUGGUUCCAGUGUGUGUGUGGUGUCGUGCUGUCACUCCGUCACGCUGUUCAUGGAAAGACCUUUGCUAUGGCUUGAUGUUCCUCCCGCUCGGAGAGAUGAGCACCAUCCACGCAGGUCAGUUACAGUUCAGAGACACUCCAUCACCUCCUUCUGCAUCUUGGCAAUCAGUAACGCAAACACUAUGACAAUCAGGUCCUUGCUCAUGUUGAAAUGGUCUUUUUCAGCACGUUCGGCGUAUGUCUCCUUGUGACUUUUGUAUCGCUGUGAUGCUAACUGCACUGCAUUUGUGUGAUUCGAUGACGUUUCGUAUAAAAAAAAACAUUUGCAAAUGUAAAAGAAAAAAAAUCCCAAUCAUUGGCUACUGUGCUUGUACUCAUAAAAAUGACUUUAUUUCUUCUUUUUUUAUAUAUAGUAUUUAUAAGUGCAGCUUGUCUCUUCUGUUGGUGUCGUGAGGCUUUGAGGUUCACCGUGAGCCAAGAUGCCAACGCUGAAAAUUUGCUUAUUUAUGACGAAGAAAAACACAGGUAUUAAACUCCUAACCUGA